UGCAAAGAAGAAAACCGUUUAUGAAAUGGAGGGGUACGUACGUAGUUUUAUUUUGAAGUUGGAACCGUACGUACGUGGGUGGUUAUUAUAUUUAAUAAAGUUAUAUAUACUAAAACACAUCAAAGGUAUACAUUACAUAUAAACAUUAAAUUCACUACAUCGUCGAUAUAGAGAUGGAUCCACAACCUCAACCUCCUCAUAAUCCUUCUCCUUUGCCAACAUCUUCACUUGUUUCAAAUUCAGAGCGAUCCCAAUACCUUACCAAACCAACUUCUCAAAUUACUACUACUAAUAAUAAUGUUAAUGGAACCUCUCAUCAUCAUCCUCUAGUCCCAUGGUCCACUGGUCUCUGUGAUUGUUUUGAUGAUGUUCCCACUUGCUGCUUAACAUGUUGGUGUCCAUGCGUCACAUUCGGACGCAUUGCAGAAAUGGUUGACCAGGGAGCAACUUCUUGUGGAAUGAGUGGAGCUCUGUACACGUUGAUAAUGUGCGUAAGUGGUUGGGCGUGCUUGUACUCUUGCUUCUAUCGCUCCAAAUUAAGAGGACAGUAUUUCUUAGAGGAGAGCCCUUGCACUGACUGCUGUGUCCAUUGUUGCUGCGAACAAUGCUCUUUGUGCCAAGAGUAUCGACAACUCAAAAGUCAUGGCCUUGACAUGUCUAUUGGUUGGCAUGGGAACGUAGCAAGGCAGAAACGGCUAGCAGCAUUGCCCCCACAAAUUCAGAAAAACAUGAAGCGGUAAAUACUAUAGUAAAUAUAUAGCUCGACUACACUGCACCUUAUAUAUGUAUAAAAAUAUUAUUAAGAGGGAAUAGUAUGAACUUCAAAAGCUCUUCCUGUAUUUAAUAUUACAAUAAAGACCUAUAUACGUAUGUGUAUUAGACAUCAGAUAGCAUUAAUAAUUGACAUUAUUAAGACCUAUAAAGAUAUAUAGUUUGGCUUUAUUUACUUUUUAUUCUCAAAUUGUUUUAUUUAUUGAUGGAGUAUACUAGAUGAGCUAGUCGUAAAACAUAUGUAUAUAUCAAUUAAUUUUAAAGAAAAAGGUUGAGUAAGAACAAAUCGUACUUCAAAAAUUACUACUUCGGCCCAUUGAUCAACCCUCAAAACUGAUCACGCUAUUAAGUGGUGUAGAAUUUUUGCGUCAAAUUAUGACAUUCGCUUCAUUUGCAUUGGUUUGUUUGCGUUGGUUUUGAAAAGAUGCAAAUGACUUGUUUAUUUAUUUUAUUUAUUAAAAAAAAAAACUGAAGAUGGGCGAAGCCCAUUACAUAAACCCUAACCCUAAAAUUCACAUUAGUCGCUACUACACAACCACCCACGAUUCUCUCUCUCUUUCUCUCUCUCACGAUCCUACCUCCUCCUCUCUCCCGUCUUCUCUGUCUCACAAGUCACAACGGUGAUCCCUGCAGUGACAACAACAUCAAUCUCUCCCUCUCCGUCUCAUCUCUCUCUCAAUUUAGCCCAGCAAUAUUACCAACCAUGGGCAAGACAAAGUUAUCUUGUCGCCAGUCGUAGCUCCCAGCUCAAAAAUUGUAGAUCUCUUCUUUAUGCGAAAGGUAAUCUUUUUUCAUUUUCUUUAGUUAGUUAAUAUCUUAUAUAUUUAUUAAUUUUCUUUUUGAUUUGGGGCUUGUGAUCAAGAAUCAUAUUGAUUGCGUUUUAGAUAGCGAAAAUGGUUGCGUUCUAGAUCUGUACUUGAGAUCAGAAUUAAUGGUUUUUUUUUUUAUGAUAGGGUUUUUAAUAUGUGUUUAUAUAUUUAUUUUAAAUCUUAAAUAUGGUUUUGUUAUGGAUCGGAAUAUAGAUAUGAGAUAUAUCUUAGAUUUGAAUUAUUUUUUCUAGUUUUUUCUUCCACUUUGUGUCAGUUUUUGUGUAAAAAAUGUUAGUUUAACACUGUUUGCGUCAGUUCUAUAGGGCGCAAGUUAUCGAAUCCGAUGGUUACAAACUAGCACAAAAUGGCUUAGUUUUUCCAUCUGUAAGGCCGUACAUUUCAUAAAAUUACUAAAUUAUUUACAAGCCUUAAAAUGUAGAAAAACUAAAAUGUUCUUUUUUUUAUAAACAUAAAAUAUUUUAUAUUUAAGGUUUGAACUAAAAAAUAUAAUGAUUAAUAAAUAAAAUUAAUACAAUUUAUAAUUUAAUAACACUUAAUAAAAUAAAUAGAGCGUGCCCUAGACCACCCUCAAUUAUAUGGCCCUCAACAAUUACACACACAAGCCUCUAAGGUCUAACUCGCCACCGACUUUCUAACUUUUACAACCUUAAUCUGUACAUGGUAAGUUUGACAAGGGUGAGCUACUAAACUUAAUAAGAAAAUGCUUGUCACGUAGUCACAUAAAAUAAACAUAAAUAUAACUAAAACUUAGAUGUACAUAUUUAGAGAACUAACGAUAUAUAUAAGCUUAAUCUUGUCACUAGCAACUAAUAACUAGUUUCUAAGUCACAUUAUAAUUGUUACGUCCGAGUCCAACUUUAGAAAAUAAACCCGAGCUAUUGGACUAAAUGGUGGAGGGUUGGGUUCAAUAAAAUUAUACCCACUACUAAAUGGCCCCCUAUUUACCAUAUAGACCCAAUAAUAUUUAACCAUUAUCUUCUAAUAUAUCUAAUUUAAAACUACUAUACAUUAUUUAAAUUUGAAAUCAUAAUUAUACCAAACCAUAUCAUAACCAUAUCAUAGUCAUAUCAUAACCAUAGCAUAACUAUAUCAUUGUUUAAAUAAUGCGAAUCCUUUGUACCGGCCAUUAUCCAAACAACAUAACUAGUUUAAAUAAUGUGAAUCCGUUGUACCGACCAUUAUUCAAACUACUUAUACAUAUCUAUAGUUUAGAUAAUACGAAUCCAUUGUAUCGUUCAUUAUUCAAACCGUAUACAACAUAUAUAUCUAUUGUUUAAAUAAUGCGAACUCAUCGUACCGUCUAUUAUUCAAACAACAUAGUAUAAUAAUGAACAACUAAAAAUAGGUUAGAAGUCUUAUACCUCAUUCCCACUCCUUUUGAACAUUAUUUCAUACAAAAAACUUAAAAAUUUAUGUUUAAUUUCCUUAAUUACUUUGAAUGUGGAGAUUUGAACUUUGAUUGCAGGAGUGACACUGAGAAUUAUUGUAUGCUUUAUUCAAUACUCACGAAGUCCUUAGUCCUCAAAGAGAAAUAUAGGCUAGUCUAUGAGAAAUAUAUUAGAGCUCAAAAUCUUACAAUCAUUCUCUAUGUUUCAGCCACCACGUGCAACCCAAUAAAAUUGUGAUCGUAGUAUCACAUAAAGAAACAUUAGAGUUUGAGCUUGAACAUAAAAGAAUAGCGAUCUUAUAUAUAACCUUAAAAAAAUAAGAUUGGAGUUUAGAUUUAACAACUUACAAUCACCCUAUGAUAACCAAAUAAAAAGUGAUAUAAUGAUGGUAAUGGUGAAACAAUCACCGACGUCUCAACUAAAGAAUAUGGUUACCAGUUGAUGAUAACAAAUGGUGAUAUAAGGUGGUAUAGGAGGUGAUUGUUGUAUAUAUAUAUUAGAAAAGAACUCAAGGUUCAACCUUACGGUGUGGAGGAUGGAAAUUAGAUAGAGCUUGAAUGAUAACAAUGGUGGUGGUGAUGAAAAGAUAAUAUUGGAUGAUGAAUAUGGGGCACUGGUUAAGAGAGCUAGAUUUUAUCUCUAGUGUUGAAUAUGAGUGAGAAAUGAUGAGAGGAACCCUCCAUUUAUAACCUUAGACACUAACCAUACACCCUACUUUCUAGCCAAGGCGUGGCUCUUCAAUUAUUUAAGGUUAACUUCAAAAGAAUUCAAAUAAGUAACUAUACCUCACUACUCAAUUACAAAUACACUACUGAGAAAGACUCUCCUUUGAGUCAAACAAUCAAUAACAAACUAUAUUUCUUUGUUGAUUCUUUGAGGUUAAUUCUCUAAGGUUGUCAUGUAGCCUUCUUAUCAUCCUCUCAUCACUAAUUUUAUGUUUUGAAUUCUCUAUCUUAAUUACCAUGCCUACAUGUCCAACUAGUAUGAAAUAAAAUAUAUUUGUUUGUAAAUAAAUUUAUUGAUUUAAGUGCCACACGAUUAGGGCCUAUUCUACAAGUGACUACUACUAAUAUCCAUUAAUACAAUACCUCACUAUACUAAGUUAUAUGUGUAUAUAAUCUUGACCCAUUACUAG